AUGUAUAAACCAACACAUCAUCAUCAUCACAACAAUGACACAUCAUACAACAACAACAAUGCAUCUGCAGAUGCAUCAACUUGGGAAGAAGCAGGAAACUAUGGAUCCACCAACAACAAUAAUAAUAACAACAACAAUCAACAACAACAACAACAACAUCAACACCAACAACAAUCAUUUGUACAAAUGCCUCCAGAAUUAUACUAUGGCAAUAAAUAUGGUAAAUUCCCUCCAUCAGGAGCUUAUCAACCCAUAGGAUUAGUAUCGCCACCCCCUAUUCCAUACGGGGCAAUUCCCUAUUCGAUGCCACCUGUGCCCAUCCAGGCCUCACCAAUGCAUCCAUCCAACAGAAAACUUUGCAGAUUUGCAGAGAGAUGCAGAAAUGGCGAUGAUUGUCCUUAUUACCAUCCCCCAAAACAACAACAACAGGGUGGUAAUGCAUCGGCAAUGAAUCCACAGAAUCUAUAUAUAUCCAAUGCCCCAGGGGGAGGACCCACCGGCGGCGGCGGCGCUGAUAUGUACAGACCACCCAUUUUACAACCAGCAGCAGGAUUUCAACAAGGUUAUUAUCCUACCACAACACCAGUCGCAUCGGGCGGAGCAAUCCCACCCUAUGCAGUUGGUGGCCCUCAACCUCCAUCCCCACAAUCGGCUGGAGGCUAUUAUGUAUAUCCUACUUCAACUCAACCACCCCCACCAAGAGGUGUCUACCCACCACCACCACAGGAUGCAAUGCAUCCAUUCCAUCCAAACCAAACCGUAAAUAUCCCACCACCACAACACCACCAACCACACCAUGGUCCUCAUCAACCACCACCACACUACGCACCAAACAAUCAUCAUCAUCAUCAUCAUCAUCAACAACAUCAACAACACAACAAUAACAAUAAUGACCAACAACAACAACAACCAUUAUCUCCACAUCAAACAACUACUGUCGCCACCGUUGUUGUUGCUCCACCACCACCACAACCACAAGCAACCUUUAUUUCAAUGACUGCUGAACAAUUGAUCCAUCAAGCAGCAUCAUCAUCCAAUGUACCUUUAAAUGCAAUCCCAACAACUUCAAACAACGCUGUAAAACAUCAACAACAACAAGAAAAUCAAGUUGAAAAGGAAAAGGAAAAAGAAAAAGAAAAGGAAAAGGAAAAGCCAAAGGAAGUGGUCAAGGAAGUUACACCAAAAAAGCAACCACAAAAUGAAGCAACAGCUGCUCUUGUCAAGACUCCAAACACAACUCCACAAUCAAAACAAUCAAAAAAUAAUCAACAACCACAAUCAUCACCAGUUACACCACAAUCAACUCAACCACAAUCAUCAUCGUCAUCAUCACCUGCAACACCACAAGAUCCAUCAUCGAUUGCAUCAAUGUCGUCAAUGAUAAAACAGUUUUCGUUAAAGGACAACAUCAACAACAACCCAACCUCUCCAACCAGUGCAGAGUUUAUCGCUUCGACUACUACCACCACCACCAACACCUUGACCACCACAACCACCACAACCACCACUACAACCACCUCGUCACCAAAGCAUCCAGAUCAACAACCAUCAUCCUUUAUUACAACCACCACUACACUCUCACCAACAUCACCACACCAACACGGUCAAUAUCAUAGAAAGAACAGCGGUUCUGGAAAUCCAUCGUCAUCAUCGGGAGGAUCUCCAUACAAUGGAAACAAAACAUCUGGAGGAGGAGGAGGUUUCAACAAAACAAAUAGUCCAAAAGGAACUCAUAAAGGAGGUUUUGAAGAUCGAACCAAAUCACCAAGCGACAAACCAAAAAGAGAUCAUCAUAAUUCUUCCCCAUCAAGUUUUUCAAAGAGAAAUAAUAAUAAUAAUAAUAUUUCCAAUCCUUCAGUUGUAUCAUCUGUUCCACCAGCAUCACCCACCACUGCUAAUACUAGUUCAAAACAAUAA